ACCUUUCUUCCUGCAUUUUAGCCUGAAAACUGGAUUCUUAAAGUGGAAACCAGAUUAUGACAGUGCAGCUACUGAAUAUGGGAAGGCAGCUGUUGCUUUUAAGAAUGCCAAGCAGUUUGACCAGGCAAGGGAGGCCUGUUUACGGGAAGCUGAGGCACACGAAAACAAUAAAGCUCUCUUCCAUGCUGCCAAAGCUUAUGAACAAGCUGGCAUGAUGCUAAAGGAGAUGCAGAGACUCCCUGAAGCAGUUCAGCUGAUCGAGAAAGCCAGUAUGAUGUACCUGGAAAAUGGGACACCAGAUACAGCAGCCAUUGCACUGGAACGGGCUGGAAAGUUAAUAGAAAAUGUGAGCCCAGAGAAGGCGGUGCAGCUUUAUCAGCAAGCAGCAUCAGUAUUUGAAAAUGAAGAACGUUUACGGCAAGCAUUAGAAAUGCUGGGGAAGGCAUCAAGGCUUCUAGUCAGAGGACGCCGAUUAGAUGAGGCUGCAUUGUCUCUUCAGAAGGAAAAAAGUAUUUAUAAGGAAAUUGAAAAUUACCCAACAUGCUAUAAGAAAACUAUUGCUCAAGUCUUAGUUCAUCUUCACCGAAAUGAUUACGUUGCUGCCGAAAGAUGUGUGAGGGAAAGCUAUAGUAUACCAGGAUUUAAUGGAAGUGAAGACUGUGCAGCACUAGAGCAACUUCUAGAAGGGUAUGACCAGCAAGAUCAGGAUCAAGUUUCUGAAGUCUGUAAUUUGCCACUCUUCAAAUACAUGGACAAUGAUUAUGCCAAGCUUGGUCUUACCUUGGUGGUCCCAGGAGGUGGAAUCAAGAAGAAAUCGCCAAACUCUGCACAAGACAAAGCAAGAGGACCAGCCACAGUGGGCUCUCAUGCUGAUGAGGAAGAGGAUGAAUAUUCUGGUGGACUAUGCUAGCUACAGACAUAGGUUGUCUUAAAUAUCUGACUUAUUUGUGAUGUUGAGCAUAUCCAAAGGCACCAGAUUUACCAGAGCUUCAUUGCAAUUGUGAUGUGGGAAUGCUAAUAAUAACUUGGCAGCUUCUCUGGGUACAGUAUGGGAGAAAAAGCAUGACUGUAUCUAUCAUCUUGAAACACUUUUGAACUUCAUUUCUUACCUGGUAGGAGCUUCCUCAGGGUCCUGCCUUCAAUUGAUGGG